AACCCGGAAGCAGUUGGUGGCGCCCGGAAGCAGUCGCGGAUCCGGGCAUCCUGGUGGCGCUGCAACUGCAGAAUGGUACGCGGUGGCGGGAAGCGCAGGCCCGGCGGGGAGGGGCCGCAGUGUGAAAACACAGUUGAUGUGAAGAAAAGUAAAUUUUGUGAAGCUGAUGUCUCCAGUGACCUUCGAAAAGAAGUAGAAAAUCAUUAUAAGCUCUCUUUACCUGAAGAUUUCUAUCACUUCUGGAAGUUCUGUGAAGAACUUGAUCCUGAAAAGCCAGCUGAUUCACUUUCUGCAAGUCUUGGACUUCAGUUAGUUGGUCCUUUUGAUAUCCUUGCUGGAAAACAUAAAACGAAGAAAAAAUCAACAGGCCCAAAUUUUAACCUUCAUUGGAGGUUUUACUAUGAUCCUCCUGAGUUCCAGACCAUUAUCAUUGGAGAUAAUAAAACUCAGUACCACAUGGGGUAUUUCAGGGAUUCUCCUGAUGAACUUCCUGUAUAUGUUGGUAUAAAUGAAGCAAAGAAAAAUUGUAUAAUUGUUCCAAAUGGAGAUAAUGUAUUUGCUGCAGUCAAAUUAUUUUUGAUGAAAAAACUUAAAGAAGUAAUGGAUAAAAAGAAAACCAAUCUCUUGAAAAACAUAGAUGAAAAACUCACAGAAACAGCCAGAGAACUGGGGUACUCACUGGAACAAAGAACCAUGAAGAUGAAACAGAGAGAUAAGAAAGUUGUAACAAAGACCUUCCAUGGUGCAGGCUUGGUUGUUCCAGUAGAUAAAAAUGAUGUUGGGUACAGAGAGCUCCCUGAAACAGAUGCUGACCUCAAGAGAAUUUGCAAGACAAUAGUUGAGGCUACAAAUGACGAGGAGAGACUAAAAGCUUUUGCUCCCAUUGAGGAAAUGAUGACUUUUGUGCAGUUUGCUAAUGAUGAAUGUGAUUAUGGCAUGGGGCUUGAGUUGGGAAUGGACCUCUUUUGCUAUGGCUCACAUUAUUUUCAUAAAGUUGCUGGUCAUCUUUUACCUCUUGCUUAUAAACUGUUGAAGAGGAAUCUGUUUGCAGAAAUCAUUGAGGAACAUCUGGCAAACAGAAGUAAAGAGAACAUAGACCAACUUGCUGCAUGAGUAAGAAGGCUUAUUUGGUGUACAAUAUUUCAAAGGACUAAUAUUAAACUUGGGAUUUUUGUUUUUAAGGAAUACAAAAAAUAAACAUUUACUAAAAAUA